UGCGACUGACGUCACGGUGUUAUCGCGGAAGUGCCGGUGUCGCUACUUUGCUCGUCAGACUGUUGUUGACAUCGUGUAAAAGAGCUUAUAUUAUAUUCAUUGUUAGCCUUACGCAUUUUAUUUACUAUUUUCCCGCUGAAUUUUUUAAAAUUUUUUAUCCAAUGGCAGCUUUGACUUACGCUGGUAUGGAUGAUACUGACAGUGACGAGGAGUUACCUCCCGGAUGGGAGGAAAGAUCGACAAAAGACGGAUGGGUUUACUAUGCAAACCACGAUGAGAUGAGGACGCAGUGGGAACACCCCAAGACUGGAAAGAAGAAGCGCUGUGCUGGAGAUUUACCAUAUGGAUGGGAGCAGGAAACCAAUGAAAAGGGUCAAAUCGUUUAUGUUGACCACAUCAAUAAGCGGACCACGUACUUCGAUCCCCGCCAAGUGUUCACCGUGGAGGACAUGAUGGUAAAGCCCAAGCGCUACGAUGGCAACUCGACCGCUUUGGAAAUCCUACAAGGUCGUGACCUCUCUGACAAGGUGGUCCUGAUCACUGGCGGCAACUCUGGCAUUGGCUUGGAAACGGCCAGGUCCUUCGCUCUUCACGGGGCCCACGUCAUCCUGGCCUGCAGGAACCUGACCCGGGCCAACAAGGCUGUCCGAGGCAUCCAGGAGGAGUGGAACAAAGCCCGAGUGGAAGCCAUGAUGUGUGACCUGGCUUCCCUCCGCAGUGUCAGAGAGUUUGCAGACUCCUUCAAAGCCAAGAAACUGCCCGUGCACAUUCUGGUCUGCAACGCCGCCGUGUGCUCUCAGCCCUGGACUCUGACCCAGGACGGCCUGGAGUCCACCUUCCAGACCUGCCACCUGGGCCACUUCCUGCUGGUCCAGUGCCUGCAGGAAGUGCUGCGGCGCUCCGUCCCCGCCCGUGUCGUGGUGCUGUCUUCCGAGUCCCACAGGUUCACCGACUUGUCGGACCCGUGCGGCAAGGUGGACAUGGCCCUGCUGUCUCCGGCGCGCAAGGACUACUGGUCCAUGCUGGCCUACAAUCGAGCCAAACUCUGCAACAUCCUGUUCAGCAACGAACUGCACCGCCGCCUCUCUCCUCACGGGGUCACCUCCAACGCAGUGCAUCCUGGGAACUUGGUCUACACCUCCAUUCACAGGAGCUGGUGGCUGAUGACCUUCCUCUUCACCCUGGGUCGACCUUUCAGCAAGUCCUUGCAACAAGCCGCCGCCACCACCGUCUACUGCGCCGUGGCCCCGGAGCUGGAGGGCGUGGGCGGCAUGUACUUCAACAACUGCUUCCGCUGCCUCCCCUCCUCCCAGGCGCAGGACCUCGCCGCCGCCGCCAGUUUGUGGGAGUCCAGCGAGCGCCUGGUGUCGUUGAGCUCGGCGGGGGUCCAGGCCCUCUGAGCCCCCGGAGAGGGCGUGGCUUGUCCGGGCGGGGACACAGGAAGUCGACCCCGGGGCGGGGGGUUGGGGGCGGCGUGGACACGUCCCAACACUCUGGCUUCCUUUUCUCUGCUUCCCAUAAUCCUUGUUUAGAAAAAAAGUCCCUUCAAAAUAAAACGCCAGACGUGGUCCUGAUGCGUCUCAUUGCGGUGAUUUUUGUGGUAAAUAUACGACAUUAGGGCCACACUAAAUAACACUAACCAGGGUGUUUGACGUGGAAAAAAGGCUGAUAAUACUUCCAAAAAAAAUACAAAAUUACAAGAAUAAAGUUUAAAAAAAAAAUUAAGUUAUUUUGUGGAAAACGAAGGUAAUAUUACAAUAUUUUUACAACAAUUAAAUGAGUUUGAUGGGCAAGUAUAGUAGGACUUUUUUGGUAAUAUUACAGCUCGAUCACCUAAAAUUUAAAUUUUUUUUAUUCUCGGAAGUUUACACCUUGAGUCUCCAAAAAACAACAACAUAAUAUUCAAUAAAAUCUAUUAUAAUUUUACAUAAAAUGUGUUUUUUUUCACAUAUUACAACUUCCACAAAAAAAAAAAAAAAUUCAACAUAGAAUCGAACUAAAAAAGACAUUUACUCUAAUUUUGUUUAUUUUUUUUGUAGUAUUACAACAAAAACAUUUGAUUUACUAAUCUUAAUAUUACUAAUAAUUAAGACUUUUUUUUAUUUUUUUAUUUUUUUUUACAAAAGUUCUGGACAAUGACAAAAAAAAAUCACUAUUACUCUAAAAAAUAAACAUUUAUUUUUUGGAGUAUAUAGUUGUAAUAUUAUGAGCAACUUCUUUCCAAUUAAACUUGAAAGCAUUUUUUUGUCCUCUCAUUUAGUGUGGCUCUAAAAUAUUAUUUCUUUUCUUAGGGGCGGGGUUAAAUCAUGAUCAUGUGACACUAUUGGUUCCAUACAUAAAUCUGCAAUAAUUACAGUUGUGUAAUUAUUAAUUAUGUCUGUACAAUAUCUACAACAUCCUGAUUUGUGCUAAAGGGACGUCACUUCUUCUUUUUUUUUUUCCUUUCUUUUCCACUUUUCUAAAUGAAUCACUUUGAAAUAUUAAUAAACUAGAUUGGAGGUAUCGGGUUUGGAAUAGCAAACAUGUUUAGAGGAGUCCUGGGUUCUGGUUUCCUGCCCUGGCGAAGUUUUGGAUCUGCUGGGAGACGUUGUGCUUAGUGGCAGUCUGCUGGAAGCUUCCAGAAGGACAUCUGUGGACGAAACCAGGGACAACUUAGUCACACCUAUUCAGCAGAAUAAAAAAAAGUUAACAAGAA